AUGCAGCAGAGCGUCUUGGAAGCUUUUCAUGAGACCUUAGAGUCUGGUGCAGAUAGAGAGAGAAUCCCGAGGCAAACGUCUGUUGAGGAGCUCGCGCUCCUGGACGAGUUGGAUCGACUUGCGCGCCUGCGCUCGUCAACACCGCCGUGCGAGGACGACCAAGGCGGCAGCUCGCUACGAAGACCCGCGGAUUGGCCAGAUGGACAGCUACGCGAGCGUUCCCCGAGUCAGCACGCGUCGCUGGAUCCCCGCAGCGAGCGCUCAACCGAUCACGGUCAUAGCCAACGUCUCGCUACCGAGCCAUUGUUCGAGAACGAUGCACAUGUGCGCUUCGUUCGAGACGGCAGGGCACAUCGCUCGCGGAGGAUGCGAUUCAUCGGCUCGUGCGGCUCACGUGGCCACUUACCUCUAACGCGCUCUACAUCGACGCUCACGGACCUGGGUCGCCAGUACGCCAUCGAGGAGAUCACAUCGGUAUCCGCCCAACAAAACGCUGGCUUCAACGCUUCACCGCGCAUACAGCAGCCAGCAGUAGCAACGCCGCGGCGUCGCGGGUAUCUGCGGAGUUUUGCGGCGACGACCAGUUCCGGAGAGCUGGAGCAACGUCAACAGCCCACACCGGAUGUUCUCAAUACAGCGAUUAUUGGGCGAGUAGCGACCACCGUUGCGGCCGACUGGACUGAUGAUUUCUGCUUUCCUGAUCGCAUUCCUCAAGAACAGGUUAUGGAUCAGAGGCCCCAGUUGCCAGAUCAUGCAACCAUGGGGCUGCACCCGCUGUUUCGAGUGCCCUCGGCACCGACACUCACUUCGAGCGCCAGCGGCGGUAUAACGCGCGGAUCGGGUGUACACCAGUCGAGCCCCAGUGCGAGCCUUCGAUCCACAUUUCGCAACCAGAGGAAGCCUGAUGUCACUGUCAACGGAUCUGAAGCACCCGCAUCAAAUGAAAAGCUCGUCUCAGGGUCAGUGCCUUUGGCCAUGCGAGCGCACGCCGCCGGUCAGGUGCAGCCUUCACCGACAGUCGGUGUUGCGGGAAGCGCAGCGGGCGGUGAGCGCUCCCCCGCUACAGGCCGCAACCGGUCCAAUAUGAACACUCCCGAGACACUAGUCGCUGCGUCGCUUUCCCCGCGAACCCGAAUGAUCAUGCGUACUGGUCGCCUCGCCGACAAUCUGUGGCUCGGCGCCCGUGCUCCUGCUCCCAAAGUUGCCCGUGAACUGUCUGCAGUUUUUGAUGGGCAACGCCAAGGAAGGCAGUCAGCGUUUCCUCCAGCGCACCGGAGCCGGUCGCCUGAGCGCAAAAGCCCCGCGUCAGGCGCCGGCUUCCGCGUGGAACCCGCCUCAGCACCGCCAGCGCUGCGUGGUACUGUGCCGCUUUCUCCGCUGCCUAGUGGGCCUGCAAAACAACCAAGUCCGACCCCAUCUCUGGCGUCGACCCAGAGCACCUCUACGGAGGACUCAGAGUCCGCCUCUGACUCCGACUGGGACGCCGAACUCGGUCACCAGUAUCAAACAUCGACAGCUGGCGAGGCUGGCGCUCUCAGCGACUUCAUACCCGCGACGUAUACGUUUGACGGGAGCGCUGGUGCCCCCAGCACUUUCGAGGACGGUGUGAUACCGGCGUUUUUUCGCAUUGUUGAUCGUGCUCGUGCGCUAUAUCGCGGACGAGUCAUCAUGCGGUAUCCACGUCCAUCAUCGUUGGUGUUUUUACGUCUCCCCGAGACGCGAGCUUCGCAGCUUGCCGAGAAGGAGCUCGAAUUGUGGCUGAUCGGACUCGUAACGUCGAGCCUUGGCUCACCCUUUGAGCAUCCCCUAAUCCCGCCACCAGUGCGUCAGUGGGUCCAGAGUCCCGCCAAUCUACAGAAACUGUCCGGACUCGGGGAGCACUCGAACGGAAAGCUGCUUCGAGCAUGCAGUGACCUGCACAGUUACAUGCCCUGGGUACCUCUGGUGGCGCUCAGUAUCACACAAGUCAGCGAAUGUGUUCGCAGCUGCCGAGCACGGCGGCGAGCCAAACUCGCCUUUGCGAACCUGCAGCGCUGCCUGCUGCUGGUAGACGCACUUGGCAUGCAGCCGGACUGGCUCCCGGUACUCGAACCGUGGCUGGCGUCGUAUCUGUUUCCGACGCUCGGCACGCUCCUAUUCCGUGUAUAUACACAGGCCCGUAUCGACCGAGGUGGAAUACCGCAUCUGGUGACGCUUCUGGACCGAACGCUGUCAAGUCUGAGCUCCCAGGCUAGUGCCUCGGUUCGGUGGCAGGCGCGUCUGAUCAUUGCCGAGCUCCUGCUACAGUUUGGCCCCGACUUGGAUGCCCCGCUGAAGAAGACCUUCUGGGAGCGCGUUUGUCGGGACGCGUUGCAUUGCCUCGGGCACUAUGCUGACGUGCUUACCGCUGAACUCGAGAGCACGACAGCAGACCUGGCACCGGAAGCAGAGGACGCGUCGAGUUUGUCAGCGCAGCAGCAGUCCAUGGAUUUGGUAGCGCCCGAUGGACACGGUGUUCAGGCAGCAAGCUUCGGAUCCAUUCAAGUAAUUGCCAGGGCAGCGUGUUUACUGUACUGGCUACUCCAGGGCGUAUCUCCGUUCAACUUAGAGCCGUUGGAUUAUGACACCGCUGCGUUGUAUGAUGCAUGGGCGACGACCUUUUGGCAGCUUCCCCAGGAGCUCCGGCCCUAUCUCCACAGCCCGGAUGCUCUCUGCGAGUUUCUCAUCCAGAAAUGUUGUCCGCUGCUUCCGCGACACUGUGAGUCUCGCUACCGCUGCUCGACAGUGCUCGGACACCGUGCGAGCCUCACUGGACACUAUGGUGAGGCUGAGUCGCAUUUCUUUGAAGCACUCGUGGUGAUGCACGGGUGUCCGCCGUUGGUGGACGCUUCGCCCUGCGUUUCGGAGUUUGCACAGAGCGUACUCGAGCGUUACGCCGAGUGUCUACGACAGGGAGCCAAGUACCGAUACGCUGUUGCAGCGCUAACCGCGGCAGCAGACGCUUUUCUUGAGCGCACGGGGCAGAGUCCGAACCUGCUCCUCCAACGAAUCAGUGAACUGGCACUCUCCGAGCAGGACUACGUUCGAGCGAUUCAGGCGAACAUCGCGCUGCUCCGAGCAGUCUCCUUAGAAGGACAACUCCUGCAGGCGAUUCACGUCACGCUCCGUCUGGGGUAUGUGCUCGUAGAAGCCGGUUGGUUCAUUCGUGCUGAACAACUCCUAACCGCUGUAUGGCAUGCGCUCGAAGAUGCCGCAGCCUCUAUAGCAUCAGCGACACAGGGCACCAGCUCUGAGCCAUUGCUCACCUCGUUGACACGCGAGGAAACACGCAUGAACCUCAGUAGGUCAACAACGGAAACGCCCUCUCGCACCAAUUCAGAGCGCAGUGACUGGUUACCCUGGGACCCUGCGGAGAGACGGGUACCAUCUCCGAGUGCUCGUACCGAGAGACGCACGAUAGAGUCGCAUCUCUCGGAUAUCCUGCUGCUUUUAGCGGAUGUUCGAAUUCGAGCUGGUCGCUUAGCGUCAGCAUUUCAACCGCUCAUGCAGCUCCAGCAGUUACUGCCUCCAGCUCGACAAGCAAUCAUUCACCGCAAACUGGCUGAUAUCUGGUUGCGUCUGGGGAAUCCGGUCGCCUGUCGACAAGCAUAUCUGCGCUAUUUGGCCAUGAGCUGUGCGGGCACCAGCACCAGCACCAGCAAAGGCGCUGCUGUGGCGACAAGCGCAGCGUCUGCAGGUGCUCCUGCGCCUUGUCAGGUUCUGAUGUCGACUGCGCAAGCGCCGCAGGAGACCAGCAACUACACACCGAAGGACGUUGCAUCCGCUACGGAAAGCCGUGCAAACGCGCGAGACUCACUGCACAUGCAGUCCAUUGAGGUAGAGCGUCUGCCUGGACAUGAUACAUUUCCCGCUGCUGCUGCUGCUGCUGCUUCGACAGCUGCCUGCAUCGACAACCUCGAUAGAGCGCGAAUGUUCCAGUUGGUACGAGGUCGCGCCCCGCCAGAGGCAACGAUUCUUGCGUUGCUGUACGAGGAACAGUUCCUCGAUGCGCUCGCCGAAAUCGACUGUGCGAUGGAAAUGACGAGCUUUCGACGGCUCCGUAACUUGGCUCGUCUGAUGCACCUUCGUGGACAAGUUCUUCGCGAGAUGGCGUACCACCUGGACAGUGGGAGCGUUCUACAGGCAGCACUACCCGCGAGUGUGACCAUUGAGGUGCUUCCGCAGCUACGUCUCAGUCGAUUGCGUUUGGUACCUCCACUCAAACUUGUGCAGCAACUACCCGAUGCAAUGCAGCGCACGUGGAAACGAUGGUUGGCGGAAUCCAUCCGGUGGGCUUCCCCAGAGCCGCCAUCUCCAGUCGACGUGAUCAAAGCAGCCCGUCUCUCGUUUGCUGCUGCUGCCUAUCUCUAUAGCGUUAUGGCGGAUGAAAUCUACGCGGCACUAUCCACGGUCGCCGCUCUUCGAAUGGGCAUAGAGUGGGCGCUUCGCCGCUUUGUGCGAGCUGAACCCGAUAGCACGGCGCCUGCAGCUACAUACCAGGAAGGUGGAGCGCUCACCAAGGCUCCCGCCAACGACAACGACAACGACGAUGCGGAACAAUGCGAAGAACGGCUGCUUGAAGCUGCGAGUAUCUUCAUGGAGACGAACAUGGUGCAGGCUUCCAUGGAAGUCAGCAUAACAAUGGCGCAACUGAUGAUCCUUCGCCAGCAGCCCGAGGCUGGCGUUGCAUUCCUACGAGAAGCCUGGGCGACCUUCUCUUCGCUCUAUGUUGACGCGCGGAACGGGCGGUUUGCAUUUACGCGACUGGCUUCACCGCUGUUGCUGCGGGAGCUGCGUCAGCUGCUCAGUCGGAUGGUGCUGGUGCUGUAUUGUUUGCCCUCAGCGGUCGUGCUGGAGUUGCACGCGAUGCUCGAUAUCCAUAACCAGCUGAGUUUGGAAACGGUACUGGCAGAGGCACGUUCCGCGACUCGCACCGGGUUACGUAGUAUGCCGCCAGUGUUGGGGCAGUCAUCCGCCCUGGCACGAUACCGCAGCUCUACGGACGCGAGCGUAGAGCGCAGCACCAAUGCAACCAACGGUCCAGGCGAGAGCGCUGCGAAAGCAUCCGCUUCACGCCACUGCUCCGAAGCUCCCAAGACGACACCUGCUUCAUCAUCAUCUUCUUCUUCUAGUGUGACUGCAACGCGCCCAAGGCGUACAGCGCCACCAAGAGCUCGUAUUGCAAAUGGUCUCGGAAGCAGCGCUCCUAACUGGACCGCGUCUGAACUGCCGGACGUAGCCAGCUCCAAGCAUCCAUGGAAACGUAUUGGUGCUUUAUGGCGUCAAACAAAGAGGGUAUUGGGGCGGGGCAUGCCGCGCUCUAGUCGCCCUGAGCGCCAACCCGAACCCGCAGUCGCACUGGGCACAAACGACGCGGUAUCACGGCAGCCGUCGACCUACUCGCCAGUGCUGCAGCGUCAGCAGGCGCUGCAUCCUCAAAGACCCACUGACCAUGGACAACAAACUCCAUUCUCAAGAUCGAUUAGAGCGUCGAAGUCGAAACAGACGGCUGCAGCGCCGGGCGCUCGCGGAGAAGCGGCACCCAGUACACCAGUAUCACUUGCAUCCAGUGCGCUGCAACGCACAGCGUCCCAGAGAGCGCCUCGGGUGCAAGUGUCCGACGACAGAGCACCACCACUGCAACAGCGCUCACGCGUGAAGACGCCAACAACACCAGCGCAGGUAGCAGUAGCCACCGAGGUCAUGGGUGCAUCGGCAAAGCGCAAGUCGCCCUGGCACCAGAUCCUUCGCCAGCAACGCGAUAUACCCCAGGGUAAGCGUGACGAUGCCAUGCUUUCGAGUCGCUCGUUGUCGAGUGGAAACAAAGCUGCCGGCACCCGUGCUGCUUCAUCGGAAACGCGUGAUAUGUUGUCGUCGUCGUCGUCGUCGUCGUCGACACCUGCGCGACUGGUCCACCAAACUACCGCUGCACAAGCACGCCAGCAUUGCACCAGCACUAGUACCAGGAGCACGCUGGCAGGCGCUCAACGCGCUGGCACGUCCACAGCAGGGCGUCUUUUGCUGGCCACGGCAUCGAGUAGCCACGCAGGUAGCGUGCCGGGUAUCCAGCACGCCGCUGUAUCCGAAGCAACUGAACUCGGACCGCUCUUCUCUCAAGCUUGCAACCAGAUCGUCCGCGACGUCCUCGACGAUACCAAACGAAGCGAGACAGCACAGUUAUACGCGCUGUUGCAGCAGCUCGACUGGUAUGAAGCGCAUUCUCCGACGAUGUUGAACGCGCUUUUUGGCUCGGAUGAUCCGGUACAGGUCGCAUGGGCCAUGCAGCAGCGCUUCGAGAUGCAAACCGAGCGCUAUCGACGAGGUGAGGUCUCCACAGCGGAACUCGCUCUCGCUAACGAGGAAUCCCUGGAGAUCUGGUUGCAUGAAAUGGGAAAGCUCUCGGAGGUGCAUCCUGCGGCAGCAGCGCAGUCGAUAAGCCCCACUGCACUCGACAAUGUCGUUGCUCGGCAGGUCGACAAGGCGCAUCGCCACGUGAAUGCAGCAAACGCACCGGUUGCUACAACGAAUACGACAAGUGCGCGUACUUCUUGUACUGCUUCUGCUUCUGCUUCUGCUAUGCCUCAUGAUCAGCACGAUGGCGAGCGGUCGGCAGGCGCGAACGUGCACCUUGCGAGUACGCACGGCACGGCAGCGUUUUCCGCUGCUGCUGCUGCUGCUGCCACCAGCGCUGCCGCACCUUCACCGUCGUCGCUACCGGCGCUGACCAGUACAGCACCGGAUCUGCUCUUCAUAUGCAAUGUAGGAGGCCUCGUCUGUGUCUACAACCUACAGAACGGUUUCCGGUACCUGUUUACAUGGGAACCUUGUCAGUUUCGGGACGCCGCCAGCGACACCUGCCUCAACGGCUGGUUCCUGCUCCCGCACAGCGCAGCAAGGGAUGAGCUUUCCGCGGGACAUGCGCUUCCGCCUUCGCCACCUGUAGAUGCGCUAUGUCCCUUGCAGACGCUGCAUGCCGCGAGCGCACUCUUCGUGCCUAUCACGACCAUGGAGGCGUCUCCUUGGGUAGUUUGCCCGAAAAAUCCACAGCCGAUACCCUGCUCCACUGCUGAUCAUCAGCGUCGUGAGCAUUCAGCAACGGUUGCUUCGUUAUUGGGUAUUCGACGGGAGCACUGGCUUCGAAGCGCAUCAGCGCAAGACUUGUCCAAUACCUCGACGCCGUCAAGCGGUCUCGGUCUGCUGGUCUGUGAUCUGACACUUUCGCUGGUGCCGUGGGAGCUCCUGCUCGAAACACCUUUGAUGCGCGCGUUUUCUCUGCGGGAUCACUGCGAUCGAUGCACUUGUCUCGAUCACGAUGCAGCUGACAUUGCCCAGCUCGUGGUGUUUCAGUCGCCGCUUCCAGGUCCGAUGCUCGCGACGCACCGCACCGAAGAAGCAGUUGGUGAUCGUCUGGUAUUCGCACCGGAUGAUGUCGAUGUCGAUGACAAGACGCUGGAAACGCCUCGCAUUUCGGCGACAGCAACUGCAUCCACGUGCAGUCUCCGCGCUCGCAGCGUUGUAGCUGCACAUCAAGCGGCCCUUACCGGGGAUACCGAGAUGCGUCCUGAGCGAGACGUUGCGUCCACGAGCGAUCACAAGUGUUCAGGGCCUAACCGUGGCAUCUGCUCGGGGUGGUGUUGGUCCGCGGAUACGAAUUGGGAAACGACGGGAAGCGGAAACCUCAUCUGCGCAGCACCAGCAACACCAGCACUGGAUGCAAAAGAUCCAACAUGGUUGCCAUACCAGCUCAGCGACGGUGCAGAGCAUCCAGAGCCGCUCCUGUGCAUCGAUGGUGUUUCGCUGGCGUCGGUUACCAGCCGUUCCUCAAUACACGAUGCUCGUGCUACUACUACUACUACUACUGCUGCUGCUGCUGCUGCUGCUGCUGCGAAUCGGGGCGUUGCUCUGGAGCCUCUGGUCCAAGUGCUCCCGCUGACGGCUCGUGAGGCGGCGUUACGAACGGAUGAUCACGAACGUCCAGGUCUCGGUAUUCAAGCACGAUCUAGUGCUGGUGCUAGCCAAGAAGCACAUCUUGACCAGCUGACGUCUGUGCUUGCAGCCGGCAAUGCUGCAGCGACCUGCGCGCCACCAGCGCCCGAAACAAGCUCGUGUUUGGUGACUGGUACGCAACAACAGCUACCGCACGUGACGCCAAGUGCUUCCAUGUUGCCGCAGUUCUCCGGCCAGUCUCCAGCAUGCUUGUCAGCAGCACCGACAGCUGGUACCACCGGGAAACAUCGCCUGCUGCAGCAAACGACCGGUGCAUCCGAUGCGCCUUUCGGAGAUGAGCGGGCACGCCCAGGAACACCACUGACUUGCAGCGGUGAUACCGCACCACGCUCGAGCAGUUUUGGAACCCCGAUGGCAACCACGACAACAAUGUCAAGUUCGCUGCCUCAUGGAUCGAACCGGAGCACCGCCAGUGACCUAAUCGCUGCACUCGGGGUGUUCCCGUUCCACGAGUUGGCGUAUCCAGGUCGGGUGCUUCGUGAGAUACGCGCAGUCUGUCCGAGCUCGAUUACCGCUUUUGUGCCGCUGCCGUACUUGCCCUUGUUUGAGCGUGCGGUGCUUCAAGUGCUGCAUAUCCACGAAGGAAACCGACGGGUGCGUUCUGUUCAGCAGCUCGUGGAGACCCUGCUGCGUACUUUUCUUGAGCAACAGAUUCCAGUGGCUUUUGUACAUGGUCAUUUCGACUGA